GGAAUGUGUUGACAGCAACAACACAUGUUAUCACAGUGGUGGUGGGUGCAGGAGUAUUGGCUCUAGCAUGGGCAAUUUCUCAACUUGGAUGGAUAGCUGGCAUAACCAUUAUGAUCAUAUUUUCAUCUGUUUCUCUUUACACUUACAAUUUUGUAGCUGAUUGUUAUAGAUAUCCAGAUCCCGUCAAUGGCAAAAGAAACUACACUUACAUGCAAGCUGUGCAUGCAUACUUAGGUGGAAAAAUGUACAUGCUUUGUGGAUUGAUCUUGUAUGGAAAUAUUGUAGGUGUUACGGUGGGCUAUAUUAUAACUUCCUCUACAAGCAUGGUAGCUAUAAAGAAAGUAAUUUGCUUCCACAGAAAUGGACAUGAAGCUUAUUGCAAGUUUUCAAAUAAUCCUUAUAUAAUUGGUUUUGGGGUCCUUCAAAUUUUUUUGUCUCAAAUCCCAAAUUUCCAUAAGCUAACUUUUCUAUCAACUCUUGCUGCUAUUACUUCUUUUUGCUAUGCAUUAAUUGGAAGUGGGCUCUCUCUCAUUGCUGUCGUCUCAGGAAAAGGAGAACCAACAAGUUGGUUUGGAGUUAAAGUAGGAGCAGAAUUAUCAAGAGAAGAUAAAGUUUGGAAUAUUUUAACUGCUUUAGGAAACAUUGCACUUGCGUCGACUUAUUCCGGUGUUAUUUAUGAUAUAAUGGAUACAUUAAAGUCAUAUCCACCAGAAAACAGACAAAUGAAAAAAGCAAAUGUGUUAGGGAUCACAACAGUGACAAUACUUUUUAUCCUAUGUGCUUCACUUGGUUAUGCCGCAUUUGGUGAUCACACUCCAGGAAACAUCCUCACCGGCUUUGGAUUUUAUGAGCCUUUCUGGUUGGUUGCGUUAGGGAAUGUUUGCAUUAUAAUUCACAUGGUGGGAGCAUAUCAGGUGUUAGCUCAACCAUUAUUUCGUAUAAUUGAGAUGGGCGCAAAUAUAAAGUGGCCUCACUCAACUUUUAUAAAUAAGGAAUAUGCAAACAAAAUUGGCUCCUUCAAAUUAAACAUCAACUUAUUUAGGUUAAUUUGGAGAACAAUAUAUGUUAUAAUGGUCACAAUUAUGGCCAUGGCGAUGCCGUUUUUCAACGAGUUUCUUUCUUUACUUGGAGCAUUUGGGUUUUGGCCACUCGUCAUCUUCUUCCCAAUACAAAUGCAUAUUUCUCAGAGAAAGAUUACCAAAUUUUCAUUGAAGUGGUGUGCGCUCCAAGUUUUGAGUUUUGUAUGUUUUAUGAUUUCAGCAAGUGCUGGAAUUGGUGCCAUUCAUGGAAUUAGCAAGAAUAUCAAAAAAUACAAACUCUUCAUGUAUAAGCAGUAA